CUUUCCGUUUCUUUCUUCGUCUUUCUCAUUUUGCUUCUUCUCCGCCCCCUUCCUUCUUCUUCUUCGUUGCGUCCGCCUUUCUCCCGGAGACGAAGUCCGCCGCUGCCCGCUGGAACAAACGAUGGCUAGGUGGGAUGAGAUAUUAUCCCUGCCAGUGCAGAACCCCUCAAACUUGGAGUUCUCUGCCGCCGAUCUUGUUUGGUCCAAGGUUGAAGGCUGGCGUGACAAAAUCGAUAGACUUGCUCUGAUUCCAUUCUCCAGGGUAGAUGAUUUUGUUAGAGGGGAAUCAAACAAUAAAGAGUGCCCUACAAGAUUCCAUGUUGAGGCGAGGAGGAGACGAACUCCGCAGACAGCUUACAAACCAAAAGUCGAUGGAAUUCUUGAAUACAUCAUGUACUGGUGCUCCUUUGGGCCAGAUGAUCAUAGAAAAGGUGGUUCGAUUCGUCCAAGUAGGUCUACUUAUGUUCCAAAGAACAAAUCUUCUGGUAGACCAAAUACAAAGAGGGGUUGCACCUGUCAUUUUAUUGUUAAACGCUUAAUUGCUGAGCCGACGGUGGCUCUUAUUAUAUAUAAUCAAGAUAAGCAUAUUGAUAAAUCUGGGUUGCCAUGUCAUGGUCCGCUAGACCAAAAAGCUGUUGGGACUCGUGCCAUGUAUGCUCCAUAUAUUUCAGAAGAGCUCCGCCUCCGUGUCUUGUCUCUCCUUCAUGUUGGGGUCUCUGUAGAAACAAUUAUGCAGAGACAUAAUGAAUCAGUGGAGAAACAAGGCGGUCCAUGUAAUAGAGAUGAUCUUUUGACUCAUAGAUAUGUUCGUCGACAAGAGAGAAGUAUUAGGCGAUCUACGUAUCAACUAGAUGAAGAUGAUGCAGUGAGCAUUAACAUGUGGGUUGAAACCCACCAAAAUAAUGUUUUCUUCUAUGAAGAUUACUCUGAUUCUGAUCCUUUUACCCUGGGAAUUCAAACAGAGUGGCAGUUGCAACAAAUGAUUCAAUUUGGAAAUUGCCGUUUACUGGCAUAUAAUCGGAACUUUGGUUCAAAUAAAUUGAAGUACCCUCUUUGUAGCCUUGUCGUGUUUAACUCAGAAAACAAGGCUAUCCCUGUAGCUUGGAUAAUCACUUCUAGAUUUUCGAGUACCGAAUCAUACAGAUGGAUGCGGGCACUGUACAAUAGAGUUUGUGCAAAAGAUCCAACAUGGAGAUUGGCUGGGAUUAUUGUGGAUGAUCCAUUGGCAGAUAUCUUGGCAAUUAGGGAAGUCUUUCAAUGCACAGUAUUGAUAUCCUUUUGGCGUGUUCGCCAUGCAUGGCAUAAAAAUUUGAUGACAAGAUGCUCGGAGAUAGAAAUGCAAGCCGAAAUAGCAAAACAUCUAAGUCCUGUGGUUAAUGAUAUUCGCAAAGGAUCUGUUCAUGCGUUUGAAAAUUUCAUGGAAGACCUUGUCGAUGCAGCCGAGUUCAUGGACUACAUCAAGGCAGUUUGGCAUCCAAGGAUAGAUAUGUGGGCGAACGCAUUGACGACUCUUCCUCUCGCCAGUCUAGAGACCUGCGCAGCUAUGGAAUUUUAUCACAGCCAGUUGAAGCUUAGGUUACUGAACGAAAGAGGCCAACAAGCAUACCAGCGCGCCGAUUGGCUUGUUGAUAAGCUUGCCACAAAAGUGCAUUCUUAUUUUUGGCUCGACGAGUACUCAGAAAAAGAGGAUUUUGCUCGAUACUGGAAAGAUGAAUGGAUGAGUGGUCCAACAGCAUGGAGAAAAUCACAAAGUAUUCCAGAUUCCCAUGUGAUCGUCGAAGGUAAGUGCGCUAAAGUUACCGAGCUCGUAGAUACGGUAAAUACAUGCCAUAUAGUAUGGAACCCCGGUUCAGAGUACGCAAUCUGCGACUGCGACUGGGCGAAAAUGGGGAACUUGUGCGAGCAUGUUUUCAAAGUAAUGAAACUUUGUCGCAAGAAAAGAACCGUCGCCCCAUCCGUCAGCAUGCUCCAGUACAGCCAGGCGUUAAUGAAUAUGUUACGUUGCCAUCCUUUCGACUCUAUGGUUCGCGAUCAUGCUGUUACCUUAGCUGCCUGGUUACAGGUGCAGUUAAAUGUACAAAUUGAUACGGAAAGCACCGAGGAAGAUGAAGAAGUACAGGUUAACUCCGUAAGCUCCCAAGAUGAAGAAAAUGGUACAGAGCAGAGAAGUAUGGAAAUCGAAGCAUCUGUAGCGGAUGAUGUGAAGAAGGCUUCUGAAUCAGAAAUAAAGGCAGCAGCAGAAGAGGCAACACUCUCCGACGCUGCUGAAUCCGCUCCUGUGCCAGAAUCUGGUGGUUUUCUCCACUUUCUUAUUUAUCAGAUCUACAUAAAGCUGCUGCUGUGGCUGUCAGAGGAGAUCUCUCAGCAAUGUAUUGUCUGCCGUUCUCGAAAAUCAGUAUGUUCUUAUUUUCUAUAUUUGGACUGGUUUCAAUGGCUGAGGUUUAUAUUACGUUGUUUAUAUAUUAGAAGUGAACUGUAUUUAUGUGUGUUUUUGUGAGGGUUUCUUAGAUUAGAAAUGUAAGCAGAAGACGAGAUAUAUGUGGAUCUACAAUUCGACACCGUGACGUCAUUAAUAGUUCUAGUGUUAAUCAUGGCACACAUUUUAGUCUGUCUUAGAAAUUGCAUUUUCGAUGGUGACUGCUUACUAGUUGUUGGAGAGUCAGAGACCAUGAGGAAAGAAUAAUAUGGUUUCAAUUCAUUGUAGAUAUUUGAUGCGGAGAGUUGAAAUGGAUUACAUUCACAGAUAGUGGCUGACAUUUUUCCUUCCCAUUCUACAAUGGAAAUGGAAUGAAUUUGUUGUGUAGAAAUUAUAAUCAGGUUUUUGUAUUUAUUUCUAUUUAAAUUAGUUGCUAAUAGAGCUUUUCCCUUUUUGAGUCUGACUAGUUUAAGAGCUAGGUGAACUAUUUAGCGUCGGAUCUUAGACAGAAAUGGCUGUUUAUUUACAUCUACUAUACCCGAUUGGCUUCUUUCGUUAUUGUUUCUGCUAAAUUUGUAUGAGUUU